UCGCCUGUAGUGCAGACAGCGGUGUGUGAGGCUGCUGGUGUGACAGAAGGACCUUGCUGGGAUCUGCCGGCCGGUACAGGAGACACUUGGAGAGUGUUCGUACAGGAAGAGCCAUGCAGCAGGGAUGUGCCAGGCUGCUCCAUGUGGGCAAUGCAAUAUGCCAGCGUGCCAGCCAGUCUGCACAGCGCAGCUUCUCGGUCUCCCACCCCAGCCUCAGCUAUGGACAGCGGGACUUUGCGUUACCCAACGCCACGUGGAACCCAAAUACGCGGGAACUGUACAACAGGUAUCUGGAACUCAGUGAAAGCGGGGCGUGGAGACGCAUCUCUUCAUUUAAUGCUACUGUACAUCACCUAGAAGGUAAGCCUCCUGAGGCAAGAAGAGACUCGCGCCUCUUCACCAGAAACCUAGACAAGGACGGAGUUGGGUUUGAAUACAGCAUGUUCUUUAACAAGGCUGAGAAAAGGAUGAUCUGCAUAUUCCAGCCGGGGGCUUAUCUGGAGGGCCCCCCAGGAUACACACACGGUGGCUGCAUAGCCACCAUUAUUGACAGCACAGCCGGGGCAGGGGCCGUGUACGACUGUGGGCGUGUUAUGACGGCCAAUCUGAACAUCAACUACAAGAAUGUUCGUACAGGAAGAACCAUGCAGCAGGGAUGUGCCAGGCUGCUCCGUGUGGGCAAUGCAAUAUGCCAGCGUGCCAGCCAGUCUGCACAGCGCAGCUUCUCGGUCUCCCACCCCAGCCUCAGCUAUGGACAGCGGGACUUUGCGUUACCCAACGCCACGUGGAACCCAAAUACGCGGGAACUGUACAACAGGUAUCUGGAACUCAGUGAAAGCGGGGCGUGGAGACGCAUCUCUUCAUUUGAUACUUUUCUGCAUCACUUUGAAGGUAAGCCUCCUGAGGCAAGAAGAGACUCGCGCCUCUUCACCAGACACCUAGACAAGGACGGAGUUGGGUUUGAAUACAGCAUGUUCUUUAACAAGGCUGAGAAAAGGAUGAUCUGCAUAUUCCAGCCGGGGGCUUAUCUGGAGGGCCCCCCAGGGUACACACACGGUGGCUGCAUAGCCACUAUUAUUGACACCACAGCCGUGACAGGGGCCGUGUACAGCUGUGGGCGUGUUAUGACGGCCAAUCUGAACAUCAACUACAAGAAUCCGAUUCCCAUGGGUACUACUGUGCUCGUGGACAGUAACAUAGAAAAAGAAGACGGUCGAAAAGUUUAUGGUCGUUGCCAGAUCCGGAGUCACAAUGAUCUGAUCCUGCACGCAGAUGCCACAGUUCUCUUUAUUAAGUUGGAGUCUACAGGACAUGGCAGUGUAGUCUGACAGCCGCGUAUGUCCUGGCUUGGGAUGUCUAUAGAAAGAGAUGUGACAUAAACGAUGUAUCCUGAGCCGCCUUAUACUGAAAGCUGCCCCUUCACCUCUCCUCAAUAUGGACUUCAGAGAUGAUCCGCCAUGAUCGGCAAUGGUUACCGCACAUUGUGAUGUAUUGUUCUGUCACAGUAUACAAUGCUCAGCUCCUCGUACUAUGAUCAUACCCCGGCCUCCUGCUGACGUCAGCCCCCAGCUCUGUACUGAGACAUGGAGACAUCCUGCAGUGGGGCCAGCUCUGUGUACUGUAUCUAUGGACAGUAGGUGCCCCGUGUUACAGUAUCUGCUCUGUGUCUAUACCCAGGGAGAUGCUCAUUAGAGAUCACUUAUGUGACUGUGCCUAUGGAUAUGAUCAGUAGAGAUCAGUUCUGAGUCUGUUGCCCAUGGGGAUGCCCCACUAGGGGUUGGGUUCAGAUUCUCGGCAAGCAGAAUCCCAACGGUCAAGAUGCCGACAGCGGCAUCCCAACAGUCAGAAUCCUGAUGGAUCACGGUAAGUAUUGAAACACUAACCCUAUCCGUCCCCUCCCUCAGCCUAACCCUAACCUCCCCUCCCUCAGCCUAACCCUAAUACCUCCCCUCCCGCAGCCUAACCCUAACCUCCCCUCCCGCAGCCUAUCCCUAACUUCCCCUCCCUCAGCCUAACCCUAAUACCUCCCCUCCCGCAGCCUAACCCUAACACCUCCUCUCACGCAGUCUAACCCUAACAACUCCCCUCCCUCAGCCUAACCCUAACCUCCCCUCCCUCAGCCUAACCCUAACCUCCUCACGCGCAGCCUAACCCUAACACCUCCCCUCCCUCAGCCUAACCCUAACCUCCUCUCCCGCAGCCUAACCCUAACCUCCCCUCCCUCAGCCUAACCCUAGCACCUCCCUUCCCGCAGCCUAAUCCUCCCCCUAGUGUCUAACCCAAACCCCCCCUCUCCCGCAGCCUUACCCUAACCUUCCCGCAGCCUAAUCCUCCCCCUAGUGCCUAACCCUAACCCCCCCUCUCCUGCAGCCUUACCCUAACCUUCCCUUCCCGCAGCCUAAUCCUCCCCCUAGUGCCUAACCCCCCCUCUCCUGCAGCCUUACCCUAACCUUCCCUUCCCGCAGCCUAAUCCUCCCCCUAGUGCCUAGCUCUAACUCACCCCUCCCGCAGCCUAAUGCUCCCCCUAGUGCCUAACCCUAACCCACCCUCUCCUGCAUCCUUACCCUAACCACCUCUCCCGCAGCCUAAUCCUCCCCCUAGUGCCUAACCCUAACCCCCCCUCUCCCGCAGCCUAAUCCUCCCCCUAGUGCCUAACCCUAACCCACCCUCUCCUGCAUCCUUACCCUAACCACCUCUCCCGCAGCCUAAUCCUCCCCCUAGUGCCUAACCCUAACCCCCCCUCUCCCGCAGCCUUACCCUAACCUUCCCUUUCCGCAACCUAAUCCUCUCCCUAGUGUCUAACCCAAACCCUCCUCUCCCGCAGCCUUACCCUAACCUUCCCUUCCCGCAGCCUAAUCCUCCCACUAGUGCCUAACCCUAACCCCCCCUCUCCCGCAGCCUUACCCUAACCUUCCCUUCCCGCAGCCUAAUCCUCCCCCUAGUGUCUAACCCAAACCCCCCCUCUCCUGCAGCCUUACCCUAACCAUCCCUUCCCGCAGCCUAAUCCUCCCCCUAGUGUCUAACCCUAACCCACCCCUCCGCAGCCUUACCCUAACUGUCCCUUCCCGCAGCCUAAUCCUCCCACUAGUGCCUAACCUUUCCAUACUUACCUUCAGAUUCCCAUAGUCGGCAGUCUGACUUCCAGGAUUCUGACUGCAUCCCUCCACUAGAGAUCCCUUCUGGUUCUGUGCCCACUGAGGUACCCACUAGAGAUCCCUUCUGGUUCUGUGCCCACUGAGGUACCCACUAGAGAUCCCUUCUGGUUCUGUGCCCACUGAGGUACCCACUAGAGAUCAUGUCUGGGUCUGUGCCCAUGGAGGUACCCACUAGAGAUCACGUCUGGGUCUGUGCCCAUGGAGGUACCCACUAGAGAUCACUUCUGGGUCUUUGCCCAUGGAGGUACCCACUAGAAGGGCAGCAUAUCUUCUCAUACACACACAAUACCUCUACUGGUAACACUAUACCAUUUCUGGACCAAUUUGGCUGCGGCACAUAAAAAAAAUGUUUGUACCGCACCCCUAGAUUGUGAGCUCUUUUGGGUAUUCAGAGUGAAAUGUAUUAAAUAUAUGACUGGUGUAUAACAGCACGUAACACGGUCAUUACUUCUCUUUCAGUAUGUUUUGCUGUUUUAUUUUAUCCUUAUUGUUGUUCCUUAUAAAGAUGUUAAUAGAACAUUUUAUAGAUAAUAUCCUUUAUAUUUAUUCAGUUGUAUUAUGCUAGCAUUGGAUACUUAUA